ACGACAAUAUGCCCCGCCGCGUCUAGGUUGCAGCUCCCAGCGUGAUAAUCAGACCUAGCCAGCACGACUGCACCAAUCAAACCCAAACCUGAGGCGCUAUCAAGCCGGAAGGAAUAAGUGGGUACAAUCCGGUGGUGAGACUACGACCGGGAGAAACGAAAUGCGCCAUUGUUCCGAUGGUCAUCUCUUCUUUGUCACGUCGCUGAUGCUUUUCCUGAUGAAGCGCAGCUUGAGUGCUUGCAUAAAGGUGGAGAUGAUUAUUAGGUACGGGUACUCUUCCCCCGCCCUCAGCCAGGUCGUGGACCCCCUCGUAAAAACACCGCCUUGGCACAUUCGCUCGGAGAUGAUACUGAGAUGUGGGAAAACUUCCCUAGGCAACCUUCAACAUUUUGAACUUUAAGAACGUGAUUUUAGAAAAGCA